UCCUUCAGUAUCCGCUAUUUGAAGAUGGCGCCGAAUACGCGCCCAUUGUCACGUGACGGAGACGUUCACGUGCUCUAGACGUCACCUACGUCCUCUUACCAACUGGGAACUAGCCGUGAAGUGACACCGGGGUCCCGUCGGGAGGUGCAGGCCGCGAGGCCCCCCGAAACACACCGGGCACCAUGAAGAAGGACGUGAGAAUUCUGCUGGUGGGAGAACCCAGGGUUGGGAAGACCUCUCUUAUUAUGUCCCUGGUCAGCGAGGAGUUUCCAGAGGAGGUUCCUGCUCGAGCAGAGGAGAUUACAAUCCCCGGAGAUGUCACCCCUGAGAGAGUUCCAACGCACAUAGUGGAUUAUUCUGAAGCAGAACAGACAGACGAACAGCUGUAUCUGGAAAUAUCGCGAGCUAAUGUUAUCUGCAUUGUCUAUGCUGUCAAUAACAAGAACUCAAUUGAAAAGGUCACCAACCACUGGAUCCCUCUUAUUAAUGAACGAACAGACAAAGAUAACAGAGUUCCGCUUAUUCUGGUGGGGAACAAGUCUGACCUGUUGGAUUAUAGCAGCUUGGAAACCAUCCUGCCUAUAAUGAACCAAUAUUCGGAGAUAGAAACAUGUGUAGAGUGUUCGGCUAAAAACCUGAAAAACAUAUCAGAGCUUUUCUACUAUGCUCAGAAAGCUGUGCUGCACCCUACCGGGCCCCUGUACUGCCCUGAGGAAAAAGAGUUGAAGCCAGCCUGUGUGAAAGCUCUGACACGCAUCUUUAAGAUAUCAGAUAUGGAUAAUGACAGAAUUUUAAAUGACGCUGAACUUAACUUUUUCCAGAGAAUCUGUUUUCACAUACCGCUGGCACCGCAAGCCCUAGAGGAUGUCAAGAAUGUAGUGCGAAAGAAUGUCCAUGAUGGUGUAUCUGGCAAUGGCCUGACUCUGAAAGGUUUCCUGUUUCUGCACACGCUCUUUAUACAGCGCGGGAGGCAUGAGACCACCUGGACUGUACUACGGAGAUUUGGAUAUGACGAUGACCUGGAACUGACUCCAGAAUAUCUGUUCCCUCAGUUAAAGGUUCACAUAGAUUGUACGACGGAGCUGAACCAUCAUGCAUAUCUUUUUCUCCAGAGUAUAUUUGAUAAACAUGAUCAGGACAGAGAUUGUGCUUUAUCUCCAGAGGAACUGAAGGAUCUGUUUCAGGUUUUCCCUUAUAUGCCUUGGGGUCCUGAUGUUAAUAACACAGUCUACACUAAUGAAAAGGGCUGGAUCACCUACCAGGGCUUCCUGUCCCAGUGGACGUUAACAACGUACCUGGAUGUGCAGCGGUGCUUGGAGUAUUUGGGCUAUUUGGGCUACUCCAUACUAACAGAACAAGAAUCCCAAGCAAUGGCAGUCACAGUGACUAGAGAUAAGAAGAUUGACUUGCAGAAGCGUCAGACACAGCGGAAUGUGUUCAGGUGCAAUGUGAUUGGUUCCCAAAGCAGUGGAAAGAGUGGGAUUCUCCAGUCUCAUUUAGGGAGGAACCUGAUGAGACAGAAAAGAAUCCGAGAGGAGCACAAGUCCUUCUAUGCAAUUAAUCCGGUAUAUGUGUAUGGCCAGGAAAAGUAUUUGCUGCUGCACCACGUGAUGGAGUGUGAAGCCUUGUCUCCCACCGAUACUAUGUGUGAUGUAGUCUGUUUGGUCUAUGAUAUCACUAAUCCCAAGUCAUUUGACUACUGUGCCAGGAUAUUUAAGCAACACUUCAUGGACAGCCGGACACCCUGUUUGCUUGUGGCAGCUAAAUCUGACCUUUCUGAGGUGAAACAGGAGAGCACUGUUUCUCCAGCAGAAUUCUGCAAAAAGCACAAGAUGCCUCCACCCCAAGCCUUUACCUGCAACACUGCAGAGAGUCCCAGCAGGGAGAUCUUCAUUAAAAUGACUACAAUGGCCAUGUAUCCUCACGCCCGGUUACGCUGCCUCUGUACCUGCAAUAGGUGCACUUUCUGCCUCUGUCAGAACCUUCUCAACUCAGACCUACUCCAGUCUGUAAAGAACAAAAUCUUCACUGCCGUUGUGAACAGGCACCUGUCGCAGGCGGAGUUGAAAAAUUCAACCUUCUGGCUGCGGGCAAGCUUUGGUGCAACCAUCUUUGCCGUUCUAGGUUUUGCCAUGUACAAAGCUUUGCUAAAGCAGCGGUGAUCUCUGAAGAAUCCAUUGCCCCAAAGCCAACACCCCCAAGUACCUCUUUUUUAUGUACGUUAUGAGUGCGUUCCAUUCUGCUUGCACAGAUCUAUUUAGAACAUUAUUAUCCAUUGGAAUGUCCACUACAAAGAGGAAUUAGGAUUUGUUGGCAGUAUUAUUCAAGGUUCACGUGUGAAACUCCCAUGACAAAGGACAAGUACGGUAAGAAUUGGGGCGCAGACCUAGAGAUCCGGCCAAUAAUCCAGGGCAUUUUCAGAUGAGAGAGCUCUAGCCUGAGAUUUAUAAAGCAGUGCAUACUGUAGUAAUGCCCCAGUCCUUUGUACGAGGAGAUCUGACUCAGUAAGUACUAAUGUCCUAGUCACUACUCCUCUUACUCUCCUCUCUAGUGUACGGGUGGGUUUUGGCGAGUAAUCAUUGGGAGAAUUUGUACUUCAGUCCGCAGUGUGUGUUUGCCAUAAGGUCAGACUGACUAGCCACAAAGUAUUCAAAGCAUAAAAAAUACAUCUAUGCUCCAAACAUGAUUGCCUUAGCUGCUACAGAGAGAGCAUUCAAGUGCAUUCACCUAGUAACCACACAAACUUGACAGGUAAAUACGCUCCCAAUACUAAUACAAUAUGGUAUUCCCGAGCUCAAGUCAAAAGGAGGUCCCGCAGGCCCAGUCAGAGUGCAUUAUCUGGGCAGCUUCAAAUGCCCUUUUGUACUCUGACUGAAGUAGCUAGUAUGAUGCAUUAAUGAUCAAUGUUACUGGUCACACGGCUCUGUGUUUUAGGGUAAAGUGACGGUCUCCCCAACGUCAGAGGGUGCAUGUAAGCAGUCUCUUGUCCGGCUUCUACACUACAUUCAUAACGGCUGUAAAUAGUGUAUAUACAGGUGAACCUAAAUGCCUUCUUAUUAAGGUGAAGCCUCCUACUAGCACCUGUGCGUUCCCCUCCAAUCAUGUGUACCAUGAGAUCUUUGGUGCGACUCUCACACUGCUCCCGUGACAUAACCUUUAUGUGAAUUAGACUGACUGAGGACAGGCUGUUCUUUUAAAGGCACAUGAUGAACCAUAAAGGCAGUACAUUUCUGUUCAACCCAUGUUUCUCAGCGGCUUCCAGGUAUUAUUAUCUAAGGAUGAUAUCUAUGUAUUUUUGUGGGUUUCUAUUUAUUUUAUUAUUUCAGACUUGUUUUAUAAAUGAAAUGUCAUUUCUGAUUGUUCCUCCUUUUAUUUGUCACUAAAUUCACCGGCGUCCUAUCGACCCUUAUCUCCCAAGUUCUACUAGACUCACAAUGGACAAAGGGAACUCUGUGGGUAGCACCUUUUUCUAAUUAAAAAUUCAACUAACGGGGGAAAAAAAAGAACUCGUGUAUAACCUCUAUUUUUUUCAUCACUUGCCAACUAGUGGUUUUCAUUAAAAAAACUGUAUCUCUUUUA